UGAAAAAAUAUUGUGCCAAAAAUAGAAGAAUCUAAAAAAUCCAUGCCCUUAUCAUAAUUCCCUUAAAACAAAACAGCUCCACCGAAAAUUUCAACAACGCAAGAAAUAUUUUAUAUUUAUAUUUAUCAAACGCCAUCUGAAAAACUUUUCAUUUGAAUUUCCGAUCUACGCAGGUAGCCGAGUAUUCAGAGAACUAAUGUCAGAAAUGGAGAAUGUCAAAGAGCAAGAACAAGUAGAUGGAAAUUUUGCACAGGAGUCUGAAAAAGCCAUGCCAUCAUCUCAAGAGGAGGAGGCUGCUAUAAAGAAAAGAUAUGGAGGGAUUAUGCCCAAGAAACCACCACUCAUCUCUAAGGACCAUGAACGUGCCUACUUUGACUCUGCUGAUUGGGCACUUGGAAAGCAAGGUGUUGAGAAGCCCAAAGGACCACUUGAAGCCCUUCGGCCCAAAUUGCAGCCCACACAACAACAAACACGAUAUAGGAAGUCGCCUUAUGCCCCAUCCGAUGGUGAAGAUGGAGGAAGUGCUCAACCAGAAGAUGGAACUGCCAAUGAAUGAGAAACUGCCGUUAAUCUUCUGAUCUUGUGAGGACCAUUGAUUGUUAUUCUAAUGCCUAGAUAGGUAAUGGGUAAUUUUCAAUUGUUCCCGUGAAUAAACUUGGUGAAGAUGUUUCGGUUUUAGUUAAGUUCGACAAGUUACAACUUUUAUCCAGUUGAGAAUUGUGGGAACUGAAAUGUCUAUUGUUCCAAGGUUUUUCUGACGUGGAACAUUGUUCUUUGUGAUUCGAGUAAACCACUUAUAAAACGAAUUUUCCCUGUUUA